GCUCACUAUAAAGAGCCGGCAUAUGUUCUCAUCACUGUGAUGUAUCUCCAUUGAUAUACAUCCAUGUGUGGCUCCCAUAGUGGCUCCCUGGCUGCUGCUGCUUUCUUUUCUCUCUCUCUCUCUCUGAUCAGCUGUUGUGAAGACGGUGGUGACGUCGUUUCCGCUCUCACACCCGACAUUACAACAACAAGGCAGAAGAACCGAGCUGGGACGAAGAGGCGACGACACUAGAAGAGUAAAAAGAAACCCAAGAACUGUCACCACAGAAGAAUUUCCAUCGAGUUGGAAACCAGCAACUUCCUCCGAUAAAUGAAACACAUGUUGUAGAGGGGGAACCACAUCCUCUCACCAGCAGCAUCACAGCAGCAGCAGCACGGACAGUUUUAGGUGUUUUCCUGAGUCCAGAAUGGAGAGGAUUUGAGGGAGACUCCUCAGGUGAGUCCUGAGUCGUGACACUAAGCUCUCCUGAGCUCAGGUUCUUCAGAGCCCACCCCUGGUAGUAAUAUGAGCCAUGGACUCUGGGGCAGUUGAUAGUCCUGUAACCCUGGUCAUUAAGGCCCCUAAUCAGAAGUAUGAAGACCAGACCAUUAACUGCUUCCUCAACUGGACCGUGGAGAAGCUGAAGAGUCACAUCUCCAACGUGUACCCCAGCAAGCCGCUGUCCAAAGACCAGCGGCUGGUGUACUCAGGAAGGCUCCUUCAAGACCACCUGCAGCUCAGAGAUGUGCUUAGAAAGGAUGAAUACCACAUGAUGCAUCUAGUGUGUACCUCUCACAGUCCCCCAGGCUCGCCCAUGCCCCGGAGCCCUUCCAUGGCCAACUCUGCUGCUUCUGACUCCAGCAGUUCAGACAGUGCGGGCUCGACGUCCCCUGGCACCACACCAAAUCAGGACAGUCAGCCAGCUUCCUCCUCCUCUUCUGUCCCAGGAAGUUAUGAUGGGUUGAGAUAUCGCGGUGGUUUCCCCCAGUACAACCCACAGAACCCCCCCGGAGUCCCUCAGUGGCCAGAUGGAGCCCAGGUCCCUCUACAAGGCGGCCUCCCUGCCAACAUGCCCCCCCACCCCAUGUACAUGCCCAUGCAGAUGCUGUGGUGGCAGCAGAUGUAUGCACGCCACUACUACAUGCAAUAUCAAGCAGCAGUCGCCGCCUCUCAGCCUCCCAGCGCCUCCCCUCCAUCCGCCCCCUCUCCCUCGCCCCACCAGCCCGCCCAGCCCAACGAAGCAGUACAACCCCCGUUGGGGCCCAACCCGGCCCCCAACCCCUUACCAGAGAACCAGCCGGCCAACCCCAACAUCCAGAUGAACGCGCAGGGCGGGGCGGUGAUGAACGAGGACGAGCUGAACCGCGAUUGGCUGGACUGGCUGUACACGGUGUCUCGUGCCGGCGUCCUGCUCAGUAUCGUCUACUUCUACUCUUCUUUUAGCCGCUUUGUCAUGGUUGUUGGCGCCAUGCUGCUCGUCUACCUGCACCAGGCUGGUUGGUUUCCCUUCAGGCCGGAGCAGCAGAACUUCAGAGGAGGAGAAAGGCCCGGGGCUCCUCAGGAAGAAGCGGAGCGGCACCAGGAUAUACAGGAAAUGGAACGUUUGAUGGACGAGGGGAUGGACGAUGAUGACAGCGGUGAGGAAGGAGGAGGAGGAGGAGGAGGAGGAGGAGGAGGAGGAGGCCCAGAGGACCAGGCCCAGGCUGCUGCCGCUCCUGCUGCUGCUGCUCUCCCCGAGCCGAACUUCCUUACCACCGCGUGGUCCUUCAUCAGCACCUUCUUCACCUCGCUUAUCCCGGAGGGACGGCCCCACCCGGCUAACUAGGCAGACCCCCUACCUCUCAAAUACCCCUCCUCCUCCUCCUCCUCCUCUUCCUCCUCCUGCCAGCAGGUACAACUCUACAGAAGUAUCACAAUUCCCACCUUCGUCUUAGCUGCCCCGAAUACCCAGAAAACCACCUUCAGAUACCCCCAUACAGUCAAAUACCCAUUAACCACAGACCGCCCAGUUCAAACCUCCUACAAGCUGCCAACAAACGGACCUUUGAGCAGAUGCAGUUUGUCUCUCUGAUGCAGGGUUAGGAGAAUAAAUGGACAUUUAGAAAAGAAAUAUCAUUCUGUGUUAAUGGAGUAAAUGCUUCAGCAGUGAAUUUAAAAAAAAAAAAAAAAUUCUUUCAUCGGUUGCGAAUUCAUUGAGACGUGACGAAGAGACUCUGGAGGGAGCUGUCUUCCAUUUUAAGCAGUGAUAAAGUCAUUUUUUUUGGAGACUUUUCAAAUGAGGGAUGUGACCCAGAUCACAACAAAAAAAAAGAAAGAAAAAAAAAAUCAGGAAUCUCCCUGAAAUGAGAGGGAGAUGUGUGUCCUUAACAAACCAUGAAAACCACAUCUCUGGUGACAUUUUCAUGUAUGCACAUGAUGUGCAUAAAGACGUUGCAGAUACAGAAGCACAUUGUUUUCCCACUUUGUGUAUUUGAACAUUAUCUAUUUACAAAUGUAAGUAUAUGCAUCUAUAAUUCCUGAAUAUAUUGCUUUUUUUGAAUAAAAAUCUUGCUGCGGUUUGUC